AUGGCCGUCAUUCCAGGGGACAAGAAUUCUGUCGAGAUAACAGGUCGUUGCCGCCAGAAGCAGCGCCUUGCAUUGCCGCCUCUGCUCUUUUUGGCAGAUGCUCGUGCCAUUCAGCUUUCAUUAGUCAUGACAAUGAACGGCGAGGAAAACGAGCAGGAGUGGAAGCAGGAGGCUGCUGCAGCAGAAGCAGAACACAAGGAGGGUCACGAGGAUCUGAAAGACGAGUCGACCGGGGAUGAGCAGCUGUCCAACAGCAGAAUGGCGCAUCUGCUGGCUGUGUACCAGAACAAGGUGCAGGACAGUAAGAGGGUCAUCGCGAGGCUGAAGAGGCAGAAGGAUUCCCAGCUGCAGGCAGUGAUCAGCCAACUGCUCCUGCUCGAAGCUCAGUUGAGGAAGGAGCAGAAAGGCAUCGUCAGCGAACUGGCUCAGCGGGACCACGUCAUCCUCGCUCAGCGUCAAGAGAUCGACCGUCUGAGAAGAGACAACAGAAGGCUGACAACUGAAGAAAGAGCGAGAUGCGCCAGAGGAGCGGACCAGGUGGAGCCCAGGCUGAAGAUCAGCCGGGUCGAGUCCUGCGAGGAGAGCGCGCUGCCAGCGGCCGCCGUCCCGAGACAGAGUCAGUCCGCGGCCUCGGGGUCGCCUCCCAGCCGCAAGUCCUCCUCGGGCAUGAUCCGCGUGGCGACCAGUGUGUCACAGCUGAUCAACUGCAGUAGUGAGUCCAGUUUUUUGAAACCUCAGCAAAUGCUCAACGACAUAAAUGUCAGCAACCCCGUCAGCCAUUCGACAGCAGAAACCGUGAACCCCAACGUGGCCUCCGUGCGGGCAACCACCGACCGGGUGUUUCACAAACCGCCCAUCGCCGAGAAGCCCCGAGUCACCAGUCGGAUCGCCAGGGGCCAGCACGGCAAUCUCAAGGGCCAGCAGCACCUGGUGAGAAGUUACGGAGGAAAACAGUGCACCAUUGUAUCAACUAUCAGUCGCCUGCUGGAGGAGGAGUCUGACGCAACGACCACAGGCAGCUCCGGCAGCAGCGAGCCCUCUUCCCCUGAGGCAACCCUGAAGCUGGUCACUCCAAGAGUCAUACGUCUUGCAAAGCAGUACGAGGAAGGACUCAACACCAACUCGCAAAAUAUACAUAUUUAUAACAACCAGGGCUCUGCGGAGUCCUCUCCAGAGUCGCUCAGACACGAAGACCGAAAUUCCAAGUCGUACAUCAUGGAUGAAUAUGAGGUAACAAGUGGAUACAACAGCGAUGCCAUCAGCGACCACGAAUAUGAGAAUAUUCGUGUGUUAACUCAGGGAAGUAGUGACGUUUCCAGUAAACAUGGAAAGGACGAAAGUCAAGAUGAGGAAGAAGAUAAUUAUGUUGUCCUGAGAGCCGUCAAAGAAAACCAAGAGACAGGGAACUGGGUGGACGUCCCUGAGGACCAGCAUAUAUAUUCUAAUGUAGAAUUUGCCUCUGGACUCAUGGUUAAGGAAGUGGAUGAAGACACGGAAAAGGAAUCAGAAACUUCUACAGAGGAAAAGGAUGAAAAGGAAACUUCAAGCACAGGAUCUAAGAGCAGUCUGCAUGGGGAAGGGAAGAACAAAGUUCUAGAGACAAACUUAGAUGCUUUGGAUUCAUCUGCUUCUGAAAAUCAAAUGCUUUCUGAAAGUUUACGCACUGCCUUGAAUGUACCUCGGUCACGACACAACAUAAACCUCAUCAUGGAAACCGACGGGGACCACAUGACUGAGAACUUCGAAGAGUUCACCCUGGACUCUCUGGAGCUAGAGGAGGAGCAUGAUGAUGGGGACAGAGGCAGAGGGAAGGAAAACCUACCAAUUUCAGAACAGCGGAGAUGUGGCGACGGAGCGGAAACUAAGCUUGACAACAAGAUGAGAGAAGAGGCUAAAAAUGACGGAAAUGCCAACAGUGCAUCAGCAGCUAUCGUAAUAUCAUCUGGACAAUAUGAGAAAUUCUUAGAGGCUACUGGUCUAAGCCAAAAGUCAAUACUGACUCCAACGCGAAUGUUCUCUAAUCAUAGGUCUAUGCUGAAGCCACGAGAUAUUAAGCAUCGCAACAAGCUCCGCGCAGCAUUCACCACUCUCUCCACGCUAGAGGAGACUCCUGGCUCUGGUGGAGUUUAUAAAUACUGGACAGAGCCCUACCUAUAAACCCUACCUCAUUUCUCAUAUGUUGCAUGACUAGCUAUGAUGAGUCUUAGCUAUGGAUUGAUUUGGGGUAAUUUUCCCAUUACGGUUAAUGGAAAAUUAGGCUUAAAGUAAUCUAGCAUAAGGCUCAUGGUUGCUGUAAUGUAGCAUAGUUUGAGAUUAAUUAACAUUAGUGCGAUUGCUUAAGAUUACCAGUGUACAGUAUUUCAGAGAUUGUGAACUCCAGUCAAAUGUGAUCAAUUUGAACAUGUGGUCACUUGAUCAAGUAUCAUUGUCUCUAUUUCUUACUCUCUCUCUCUCUCUCUCUCUUCUCUCUCUCUCUCUCUCUCUCUCUCUCUCUCUC